CUGUACAGACCGUCACACACGGCUCUGCCAUGUGCUGUGAGAAGUGAAGGAGCUCGGUCCGUCGUCACCGUGGGCGCUCGUCGGUAAUCCCGUGGGAGGGGAGGGAGCGGAUCGUCGGGAAAGCUCGAGAGGAUGGAUUCGCCUAGGGUGGGGGGCGACGGGGCAAUGUCCGACUCCGUGGUCCUGGACAUGGACCAGUAUGACACGGACGUGCUGUCGGAAUUCGCGGGAAGGGUGGUGACCACCCUCCUGAGAGGAAGCUAUGGUAGAUUCGCCACGUGUGCCAUGUCGGAGAAAGCACAGACGGCAUUUCGACGGUUUGCGAUGUCCGGGCGGUCUUCCACGCUCCUGGUCCACAAAAUGAUCCUGACCGCAGGAGAUUCCUCCCCUCCAGGUCCGCAAGGUGGAGCUCCAUGUCGAGGUGGUCGUUUCUCCUCCCCUUCUGCUGGAAAUCGCGACCAGAUCGGAUCGAGAACCAGAAGCCGGACCACUCGGGAUACCCACUGUUGGAUCAGCAGUGGCAGGACUUACAGCGAUGAAGAGCGGAGGGGAUUGCUAGCAAUCGGCGGCUCGUCUGUCGGUGAUGAUACCAUGACCAUGCCUGGUUAUGGCGACGGGAACGAAGACGACGUCGUGCUGGUCCAGAUGGGAGAAGAAGGAGAAGAAGAAGAAGAACAAGGAGGAGGAGGAGGUAAUAAUAAUAACAACGAUGAUGAUAACAGGGACGAAGAUGCUGUAGUUGUAGGUGAUGAUGAUGAUGACGAUCAUGGUGGUGGUGGUGAUGACGAUCACGAGGGAAAAGCCCGCGAUAACGACGUCGUCGGUGAAAGGGGUUUUUCUUCUCAUUGCUGUGGAAGGAAUCGCGAGGAAGUGCUGACGUGUGACAGUCUCGACGAGUGGCACGGGGAUCGGAACCGCUUUGACGCUGGAGCCAGCAGUCGUGGUAAUGCGGAAGAAGAGUCGUACGAGUUUGACCUACAGUUUACGUUUUCAUCGCGGAUUAUCGGCAGCGUCGUCUUCAUAAAGAGAGGGUCGGUUCUCAACAUGAGCGUACCGAUUCAGACGCAGUUACACAUCAUCACGCUGCCGAGGGAACGGGUUGUAGAAACGGUCUACACGUACCUUAACCAGGCCCUGACGCCUUAUCUAAUCGCGCUGGAGAGUGCCAGGACAGCAGACGUCUGUGGAGCUCUUGACAGCAAGCUCGGUAAACAACAGCUCGCAGCCAGCAUGGCGGACCUCAAUGAGAAUCGAGGGGCGUAUGCGGUGUCCACCUGUGCUUUCCUUGCGUACCUUGCCCUGCUCGCAUGCAUAGCGCUCCUCUGUUUCAUCGCGUCCCUCCCACCGCCUAUCCCACCCACCGACCAGCCGCCACACGCGAACGAAGGCCUUGCACGUGGAAUCGUGGGCAUCACCUCCGCGACCGCAGCUGCAUUGUCAUCUUGCACGCAAGAGCCCUCUCCAGUCACGCACCACUCUCCCCUGCGUCCCCCGUUGGAGCCGCCACUAGAUACGGAUGCACGCUAUCCAUCGCAAGUCCCCCCCACUGGUAGGCAGACGGUGGAUACCCCAUCACGCGGUGCAGUGCAUGCAGCUUUAGACGCAAUCGUCCUCAUCCUAGCUAUGCUACAGAAUGCCAUCAUCUGCGACAUGGCGGUAUGGGCUUGUCAAUCAGAGCUAGUGCUGUUAGCGCCAGCAAGGCGGGCCGCGACGCUGAUGUACCUCACGAUUGGAUACGCUUCGCUAGCGCUGGCACUAUCGGCAGGCGGGAUAAUCGCGGUAUAUUGGAGCUCGUGACCGGAACUGCGCGCAGAACAGUCGA